GACGUUCGACCGUCCAGUUGGACCUUGCAAAAAGAGAUCGAAAUGGAGCAUGUGACCCUCCUGGACCUCUGAACCCACAAAGCCUGAAGAUUCCAGGCACCCUUGGAGCAUGGCAAGUCCACAGCAUCCUGGGGGCCCUGGCUGGACAGGACCCAGAAACCAAUGCAUAACAAGGACCAGACAGGAAGUCCUGCCCCCAGGUCCAGACCUCCCAUGUCCAGGCCCAGAAGAAGCCCAAGAUGGUCCCACCUCCAACUCCAACAUGACCACAAGGGAGCUACAGGAACACUGGCAGAAGGAAAAGAGCCGCUGGAAACACGUCAGGCUCCUCUUUGAGAUCGCCUCAGCCAGAAUCGAGGAGAGGAAAGUCUCCAAGUUUGUGAUGUACCAGGUCGUGGUCAUCCAGACUGGGAGCUUCGACAGCGACAAGGCUGUGGUGGAGCGGCGCUACUCGGACUUCGAGAGGCUGCAGAGGGCCCUCCUGAAGCGCUUCGGGCCGGAGCUGGAGGACGUGACGUUCCCGCGGAAGCGCCUGACCGGGAACCUGUCGGCCGAGACCAUCUGCGAACGGCGCCUGGAGCUGCGCGAGUACCUGCGGCUGCUGUACGCCGUGCGCGCCGUGCGCCGCUCGCGCGAGUUCGCCGACUUCCUUACGCGGCCCGAGCUGUGCGAGGCCUUCGGCUGCCUGCGCGCCGGCCAGUACGCGCGCGCGCUCGACCUGCUGGGCCGCGUGGUGCCGCUGCAGGAGAAGCUCACGGCGCACUGCCCGAGCGCUCCCGUGCCUGCUCUCUGCGCCAUGCUCGUGUGCCUGCGCGACCUGGAGCGGCCGGCCGAGGCCUUCGCGGUCGGCGAGCGCGCGCUGCGACGCCUGGGGGCGCGCGAGAGCCACCGCUACUACGCGCCGCUGCUGGACGCCAUGGUGCGCCUGGCCUACGCGCUGGGCAAGGACUUGGCGUCGCUGCAGGGCCGGCUGGAUGAGAGCCAGCUCCGGAGGCCCACACACAGGGGCGCCACCCUGAAGGAGCUCACCGUGCGGGAGUAUCUGUCCUGAGGCGGCCCGACAGGUGCCCUGGCAUCCAUGCUACGUGGACAGAGACAUGGGUCGCCAUUGCUAGUGGGCUUUACUGGGCAGCUUUGUACAAGCCCGUGUCUGCUGAGCAGAGGGUUUCCUGCGACCCCUGGAAGAGCCAUCUUGUGCCUCUUGAGUGCCGGGUUCUCCAAAUCCUAAGCCCACAAGGUUAGCUGUCAGAACUUUUCAAUUACUAUGGACUUGCAUGGGAAGGACUUGCCUACCGCACAGAAUCAGUUCAAGGCCAGCCUAGGCAGUUUGCUGAGAAUGGCUCCAAAAUAAAGAGGUCUGAGGAUGUGA